CAAAACGACAUCGUUUCACAUAACAAUUCCCAAACUCAGCCACAGCAAACAAACCCAAAACCCAGAUUUUUUUUUCCUCUUCUACUCAUCGUGAACCCGAAACCCAGCGGCUUAUCGUGAACCCAUCCGAUCCAAGGCGGUGGUGACGCCGACGGAACUGAUAACAUGGAAGAAGAAGAUGAUUAUGUUGAAUAUAUUCCCGUGGCAAAGCGUAGGGCCAUGGAAGCACAGAAGAUUCUUCAGCGCAAAGGGAAGUCUUCUUCCCUUGAAGAAGAGAUGGAGAAAUCAAAACUUGCUGAGGCCAAACCAAGCCUUCUUGUAAAAGCAUCGCAAUUGAAGCGAGAGCAACCUGAGAUUAGUCCUACUGAGCAGAUUGUGCAACAAGAGAAGGAAAUGAUUGAGCACUUAUCAGAUCGGAAAACUUUAAUGUCUGUUCGUGAAUUGGCAAAGGGGAUUACUUAUACGGAACCUUUGUUGACGGGAUGGAAGCCACCUUUGCCCAUUAGAAGGAUGUCGAAAAAUGAAUGUGAUGCAAUUCGGAAGCAGUGGCACAUUAUAGUUGAUGGUCUAGAUAUACCCCCACCUAUUAAGGAUUUUAAGAAUAUGAGGUUUCCAGAACCAAUUUUGAAGAUGUUAAAGUCCAAGGGUAUUGUACGUCCAACUCCCAUUCAGGUGCAAGGUCUUCCUGUGAUUUUGUCUGGGAGGGAUAUGAUUGGUAUUGCAUUCACAGGCUCAGGCAAGACAUUGGUUUUUGUGCUGCCAAUGAUUAUGGUAGCACUGCAGGAGGAGAUUAUUAUGCCUAUUGUUCCAGGAGAGGGGCCAUUUGGUUUGAUUAUAUGCCCAUCAAGAGAGCUUGCAAGGCAGACUUAUGAAGUGGUAGAACAGUUUUUGGCUCCCAUGAGAGAGGCUGGUUACCCGGAGCUAAGACCUUUGCUUUGUAUAGGUGGAGUCGAUAUGAGAUCUCAGUUAGAGAUUGUGAAGAAAGGUGUUCAUAUUGUUGUUGCCACUCCGGGAAGGUUGAAGGAUAUGUUGGCAAAGAAAAAAAUGAGCCUUGACAAUUGCAGGUAUCUUACUUUAGAUGAGGCAGAUAGGUUAGUUGAUUUGGGCUUUGAAGAUGAUAUAAGAGAAGUAUUUGACCAUUUUAAAGCUCAACGACAGACUCUCCUAUUUUCUGCCACCAUGCCCACCAAGAUUCAGAACUUUGCCCGAAGUGCUCUGGUAAAACCUGUUACAGUUAAUGUGGGAAGGGCAGGAGCGGCAAAUCUUGAUGUGAUUCAGGAAGUAGAAUAUGUGAAGCAAGAAGCUAAGAUCGUUUACCUCCUUGAAUGUCUACAGAAAACCCCACCUCCUGUUUUAAUAUUCUGUGAAAACAAGGCUGAUGUGGAUGACAUUCAUGAAUACCUCCUCCUGAAAGGAGUCGAAGCAGUGGCCAUUCAUGGAGGCAAAGAUCAGGAGGAGAGAGAGUAUGCUAUUUCAUCCUUUAAGGCAGGAAAGAAAGAUGUCUUGGUUGCAACUGAUGUUGCGUCAAAGGGAUUGGAUUUUCCCGAUAUUCAACAUGUCAUCAAUUAUGACAUGCCAGCUGAAAUUGAAAACUAUGUUCAUAGGAUUGGACGAACUGGAAGAUGUGGCAAGACUGGCAUAGCCACAACGUUUAUAAACAAGAAUCAAAGUGAGACGACACUUCUUGAUCUGAAACAUCUCUUGCAAGAAGCGAAGCAGAGGAUUCCACCAGUGUUGGCUGAGCUAAAUGAUCCAAUGGAAGAUGCGGAAUUAGUUGCCAAUGCAAGUGGGGUUAAGGGCUGUGCAUAUUGUGGUGGGCUUGGUCACCGUAUUAAGGAUUGCCCGAAAUUGGAACAUCAGAAGAGCAUGGCUAUUUCCAGCUCUAGAAGGGACUACUUUGGGUCUGGUGGUUACAGGGGGGAGAUAUGAUUUUAAAUUAACCACUCCUUGUAUACUGAUGUUUUACUCAAUCGUUAGAUACUUUGCGAUUGUCUCCAGAGAUGGUCCUGCUGACUCUUGUUGUUAAGUUGAACAUCGUCACUGGAAAUGUUCUCAUGAACUUUGAUGGCGUUGAAUCUUUGAGCGUAUAAUGUUUUGUAUGAUGACCUGUACUGAAAUAUAUUUCAGGUUAGCAAAUUUUGAAAAGUUUGUAA